UUAGGGAUUUUAUGUUUUUAGUGUUGACAGCUUUGAAAUUAUCAAUUUGACAAGCUCUGCUAAAAGGUGGUUUUUGUCAAAGUGAAAAUAGAUAAUCGGUAAUAUUUAAUAUUUUACCGGAGAGAAGUUUUGGAACUGACAAUUUAGUGAUUCAUUAAAUCAUGGCGGCCCCGUCAACCGGUGUGGUUGUGCCACGAAAUUUCCGACUUCUUGAAGAACUUGAAGCUGGCCAGAAGGGAGUAUCAGAUGGAACCAUAAGUUGGGGUCUGGAAAAUGAUGAUGAUAUGACUUUAACCCAUUGGAUGGGCAUGAUAAUUGGGCCCCCCAGGACACCAUACGAAAACAGGAUGUACUCAGUGAAAAUUGAAUGUGGUCAGAAAUACCCAGACGAAGCUCCCACUGCAAAGUUUAUUUCUAGGAUUAACAUUAACUGUAUCAAUAGCAACAAUGGAGUGGUGGACAACAGGCUGGUCCCUGUGUUGGCAAGGUGGCAAAGGGACUACACCAUCAAAACCGUGUUGCAAGAGUUGCGCAGACUCAUGACACUGAAGGAGAACAUGAAGUUGACGCAGCCUCCCGAGGGCAGCUGUUUCUAGCCCGUGCGCCAAAUAAACACGUCCCCCCUGCCCUCUGUUGCCACCCGCCCGCCAAGCGUGGACCCCUGCACCACUCAGUCAUGCUGUCUUUUAUAAGCAAAAUAAAAGAUUGUCUUUCUGUCUAUUUUCCGUAUGGUUUCAACUGCAGUUACCUUAAUCCAUUCAGGGCGAUCAAAAUGGCAACGAGGGCCUCAGUAAAUGUACAGCUUUGUGGUUUAUAUAUUGCUAAAUAAAUUCAUUAUCUCUAGGCCCUACAAUUUAGAUUUGCCAUAAGUUUAUACCUACUAUAAAACAAACAAAAAAUACCUUUAUAGAGCUGUAUCUGUUCAUAACAUGGUUUUACUAUAGGAUGUGUAAUUGCUGUUAUUUAAUGCAGGAUUAUUUUAUAAAUGUUAUAAUUUUGUGACUACGGCCACAAUAAAAUAAAUUUGUAAUUCUCUUAACAUGUAUUAUUUUGUACUAUAGUAGCUAUAGCUACUGUACAUCUAAUUAUACAUUCAAAACAUUUUUAUAUUUACUUAGUAUAGGAAUUAAUCUUUAAUAAUUAUUUCACCUUUCACUCAUACAAUGUAGAUGUAUUCUUUAUUUUGAAUAAACAACUACUUUAUGUAGAUGGACACACUAAUACAAUUUUUCGCUCGUUAUUCGGAUAUUCUACCAAUUUAACUGUAAUUUAUUAUUCAAAUAUAGCUUUUAAAUUUA